AUGGAAUGUAAUAAAGACGAGGCCCUUAAGGCGAAAGCGGUUGCUGAGUUGAAGGCUGGACAGAUUGAUUUCCCUGGGGCUAAAAGGUUUGCUUUAAAGGCCCAAAACUUGUAUCCAGAGCUUGAUGGUAUUUCUCAAUUUUUAGCCACUCUUGAUGUCUACAUCUCUGCUGAGAAGAGAGCAAAUGGGGAGAUUGAUUGGUACAAGGUCCUCGGUGUGGAACCUUUGGCUGAUGAGGACACAAUCCGAAAACAAUACAGGAAACUGGCUCUCAUUCUUCACCCAGAUAAAAAUAAAUCUGUAGGCGCAGAUGGUGCUUUCAAAAUUGUAAAAGAAGCCUGGAGUUUGUUGUCGAAUAAAGCCCAGAGAAUUCUUUAUGACCAGAAGCUGAACUUCAAUUAUAUGCACGAAAGAGCUCCAGAUGGGAAUUCAUCCGUGGCAACUAAUCAGAAUGGUUUCCAUAAUUUCUCCAACUAUAAUCAUUUAAAUGCAAGGAUGAGGAGUGCUACUCAUACCAAGCCUUUUCGAACUCCGUAUCCACAAAAACCUACAUUUUGGACCGUGUGUAAUAGUUGCAAGAUGCAUUUUGAGUAUCUUAGAGCUUUUCUCAAUCACAAUCUUUAUUGUCACAACUGCCAUCGGCGCUUUUUAGCCUAUGAGACACCACCCCCAUCCAUAAGUGAAAAUGGUUCAUCCACUUCAUGGACUUCCUACAUUCAGCAACAGAAUUCUAGUCUGCGCAACAGGACCAAGAAUUCAUAUGCUCCGGGAAGGACACAGACUGCAACCACAAAUGUGAAAUUAGAAGGAAUUUCUGGUGUUGACACUUCAAAGAAAACUUUUCAGGCAGGUAUUUUCUUCAAGUCAAAUGUUGAAAGUGUGCAGUUACCAGCUUCCAGUGCUGGUCAAGCUGCACGUGACGUGCAGCCAGCAUUUGGGCAAUUGAAGAGAGGGCAUGAAGAGGCAUUUCCACACAAGGAGGCCCAUAAUAGGAAAAAUCUUGCUUUUAAGAAAGCAGAUGCUGCCUUAGCUACUGGGUUUCCGGGUGUUUUUUCCAGUUCUGUGCCCAACAAAGACAGGACUAAAAAGAAAAGGCAUCUGAACAGGCAAGAGAUGCCAACUCAAGUAGGAGUGGAAACUGGAGGAGUUGCUAUUAAAAGUGUAUUUGGACCUAACAAGGGUAUUGCUGUUAUGGAAAGGUCUGAUGUAGCCGGAAAGCAUAGAAUUAAUUGCACAAGGGAGCUAUCACAGCAACAAAUGAGAAGUAUGUUGAUGGAAGUGGCUAAGAAAGAAAUUCACAAGAAGCUUAAUGUAUGGAAUGAGGCUGCUACACCAAAGACUUCAUUUAUACCAAAAACUGCAGAUAAUAACGAGGUGAAGGAGAAGGAAAAGGAAGAAGCUGCUAUGCAUGGUGUAGAAACUGACGUGACAGGAUGUAGGGUAUUUGUGGAUGCCAAGAAUGUAACGCAUGGCAAAAGGCCUUCCCUUGCCAAUUCUGGUGUUGACUCUGAUGUGGAGGAACAUAAUACAGUGUCAAUGACUGUUCCGGAUCCUGAUUUUCACGAUUUUGACAAGGAUCGCACAGAGAAGUCAUUUGGUAGCAAUCAGGUUUGGGCUGUGUACGAUGAAGAUGAUGGCAUGCCUCGUUAUUAUGCUAUGGUUCACAGUGUGAUAUCUUUGAAACCAUUCAGACUUCGGAUUAGUUGGCUUAAUUCCAAAAGCAAUAGCGAACUUGCUCCACUAAAUUGGAUUGCUUGUGGUUUCCCUAAGACUAGCGGGGAACUCCGAAUAGGGAAGCAUGAAGUCUAUAGGCAUCUUCCUUCUUUCUCACACAAGGUUAGGUGGACAAAAGGCACAAGAGGAGCAGUUCGCAUAUAUCCAGCAAAGGGAGAUGUCUGGGCUUUAUAUAGGAACUGGUCCCCUGAUUGGAAUGAACAUACCCCAGAUGAAGUGAUACACAAAUAUGACAUGGUGCAAGUGCUUGAAGAUUACAAUGAGGAGCGAGGUGUGAGCAUUGUCCCGCUGGAUAAAGUAGCUGGUUUUAAAACAGUGUUCCGCCAACAUUUGCAUCGAAGUAAAACCAGGACAAUUCCAAGAGAAGAAAUGUUUCGCUUCUCUCACCAGGUCCCUUCUGUCUUGCUCACUGGUCAUGAAGGUCCUAAUGCUCCCAAGGACUGCUUGGAGCUUGAUCCUGCUGCUACUCCUUUGGAACUGCUUCAGGUGAAAUCAGAAGCAUAUGAGGAUGAAAUGGAGGAGAUAGCUGAAACAUGUAAUGGAGAAGAUCCACUGGGAUGGUUGAAAAGCACCAAGGAAGAGGCUCUGGCGGAGAAUGGAAAAAUAACAAUAGAAACAGGUUUGGUAGAUGAUCCUGAGAAAAAAGAUGUGGCAGACAUGAUGAAGAGGGAAGAGGAAUCCCGAGGAGCAAAGUUGCUAGUAUAUUGUCGGAGACGUUUCAGGAAAGGAAAAAUGGAGGCUGCUAAGUGA